GUGUGUGUGUGUGUGUGUGUGUGUGUGUGUGUGUGUGUGUCAGUUGGACAGUAGAACACGCCCAACCUCCUGCAGCUAUGGAAUUCCUACUGAGAGACAACGUGUCUCAGCCUGGCUAGCCAGCACCCAACAUUCAGUCCCACACACACAGUCACACUCACUGACUUUUGAAAAUACACAUUAAGGCUGGACCGGGUCUAAUUUUAUCCUGUCGGAACAAGAAUACACUCGUCCCAUCCAAGAUCGCCGAGGAAUGAGGCAGCCUGCUAAGACUCGCCCUCAGAUGAGAGACAGAGGGGUUAGGAGACGGUGAGAGAGCGAAGGAGAUAGAGGAGCACCGGAGAAAGCGGUGCAUACACUCGCUGGGAAUACUAUACAGUUUUUAUUGUUUACAUGGUCUUCUGUAAGACGCAGAAGAGGCCACAAACAGGUGUACGUGUGUGUAGAUGUGUGACAGCGGAGUGUGUGAGGACAAGCCCCCCGCCCCCCCUGUCAGGAUGAGCAGCCAAGGAGGAGGAGCCAAGGACCCCCAGUCGGCCAAUCACAGCUCUCGGCCGCUGCCGUCUGUGCCUGAGGAGAGGAAGUCUAGAAACAAGAUCAUCUCCAUGUUUGCCUCUGAGAAAGGAGGCAGGAAGAAGGACCGGGACAAGGACAGACCUGAGAUCUCCUCCCCCUCCGACUUUGAACACACCAUCCAUGUGGGAUUUGACUCAGUCACUGGAGAGUUCACUGGCAUGCCGGAGCAGUGGGCCCGUCUCCUUCAAACCUCCAACAUCAGUAAAUCAGAACAGAAACAGAAUCCUCAAACUGUUCUCGACAUCCUCAAGUUCUACGACUCCACCAGUGGAAAACAGAAAUACCUCAGUUUUUCCGCCUCAGAUAAAGACUCGCAGUCGCCAGGCAAGCAGGGCACAGCGACCUCCCCAUCAGGUGGCAAAGAUGGAGACGAUGAUGAUGACGACACACCCCCUCCAGUGGUGGCACCGCGGCCAGAACACACAAAAUCAGUGUACACGAGGUCGGUGAUAGACCCGCUCCCAGCUCUAGAGGUAGACGGCGCCUCCAAGGCAGCUGACAGACAGAAGAAGAAGGGAGGAGGCAAGAUGACUGACGAGGAGAUCAUGGAGAAGCUCAGAACUAUUGUCAGCAUUGGAGAUCCCAAGAAGAAAUACACUCGCUAUGAGAAGAUCGGCCAGGGGGCGUCUGGCACAGUUUAUACAGCCAUAGAUGUCGCCACAGGACAGGAGGUGGCCAUCAAACAGAUCAACUUGCAGAAGCAGCCGAAGAAGGAGCUGAUUAUCAAUGAGAUCCUGGUCAUGAAGGAGAUGAAGAACCCCAACAUUGUCAACUUCGUAGAUAGUUUCCUCGUAGGAGACGAGCUUUUCGUGGUGAUGGAGUACCUGGCUGGUGGCUCCCUCACUGAUGUUGUGACGGAGACGUGCAUGGACGAGGCUCAGAUCGCAGCCGUCUGCAGAGAGGUCCUCCAGGCUCUGGAGUUUCUUCACGCCAACCAGGUCAUCCACAGAGACAUCAAGAGUGACAACGUAUUGCUGGGGAUGGACGGAUCAGUCAAACUCACUGACUUCGGCUUCUGUGCCCAGAUCACUCCAGAGCAGAGCAAACGUAGCACCAUGGUGGGAACCCCGUACUGGAUGGCUCCAGAGGUGGUGACCAGGAAAGCCUACGGCCCCAAAGUGGACAUUUGGUCUCUGGGGAUCAUGGCCAUAGAGAUGGUGGAGGGAGAGCCUCCAUACCUCAACGAGAACCCUCUCAGGGCAUUGUAUUUAAUCGCCACCAAUGGGACUCCUGAGCUGCAGAGUCCAGAGAAGCUGUCUCCUGUCUUCAGAUCUUUCCUGUCCCGCUGUCUGGAGAUGGAUGUGGAGAAACGAGGAUCAGGCAGAGAACUGCUGCAGCACCCAUUCCUGAAGCUGGCCAAGCCUCUGUCCAGCCUCACCCCGCUCAUCCUGGCAGCCAAGGAGGCCAUGAGGAGCAAUCGCUAAAUCCCAGUCUCUCAGGACUAUAAGAGCGGAUGCCAACGACAGCCAAACCAGCCGUUAUCUUCUCCUGCGUUUGAUGACCAUCAGCAACCUGCUAGUUUUUUUUUUUUUGUUUUUUUUUUUUGCCCCAGAGGUUCACAAAACUCCUCUGCGGUGUUUCUGUACUGGUGCCAGAUUUCUCCUUCCCUUUUUUUGUGCCUUGUUCUAAAGCCGCAUAUCACAGCCAUAAGGUGUUUUUUCUAUUUGUUGCAGCCAGAGCAUGUGUGUGUGUGUGUUGUUGUUGAUGUUGACACUGGUUACUUACUACAGUAUGCAUAUUAGGAAUGUGGUUUCACUGUUGCAAAGGUUCAAGAUUAUUCACACAUCAAGUGCCAUAUUCACAAAAACAUCUAAUCAGUCCUUUGGAGGCAUUUCGGUAUGAGGAAUGCCAAUGCUAGUCCAACUUCUUCAGGGCUGCAAACUGGUUUGCGAGUUAUGCAAACCAUCAUCUCUGCUGUUACUGGAUUGUUUGAAUUUGUUGGUGAGCUGUCAUCAAAAUAUGCUUCAAUAUAAAAGACGUUGUGCAUUAGCUGCAGCAGGUAAUGACUUCAGAGGUAACUUUUAAUGCCAAUUUGCUCUGUGAAUUACUCUUUGGCGUAGUUUGAGAAGAAGUUGCUCUUAUUUUGAGCCUUUUCUUCGGCCAGUUAGGAGCUUCUCUCAGCUAUGAGACAUAUUAUUAUUAUUAUUAUUAUUAUUAUUAUUAUUAUUAUUAUUAUUAUUAUAGCAAAUAUUUUUUUUAUAGUACAUUACAUUUUUUCUAUCGGAUAUAAGUUUUAUCACUUGAGAUAUCUCACAAUAUCCCAAGAAUUUUGGUGUGUGGAGAGACUGGAACCGUUGCAACUUGUUACCACUGUUGCUGUUUUUAUGGCUACACAUGUGCUUCCUGACCGGGUCCAAUAGCUUUGAAAGUGGCGUGGAAAACUAUAGAGUGUACCAAUACUGUGCUGUACUGUAGCCCACACCAUCGGGACAACGCAGCGGAAAAGCCAUACCAGUAUGUCCUUGUUUACCCUGUACGUCACUGGAAUGGGAUUCAAGUUUUUGUACAUGAAACGUUCAAUUAUUCAGCUGUUACCAGGCACCAAAAUACACUAUCGUCAAUGGACUUGACUCAGACUUCACACACCUCUGCUGUCAAACUCUCUGUGCAGACUCUUCUGCACACUAUGCAAAGCCGUCUGAACACUCACCAUGUUUCUUCUAGAUGUUCUGUCUUUAGCUGUCCCUUUUACAAUAGAUGCCUUACUGUUGGUGUGUUGGUGCGAGUUCGACACAAAAACUGUAUGAAAAUGUUUGUUUGAAUGCGUUGGAACUGGAGGAAGACUUUGAAUUCUUUUUGUAUAUCAUGUGUUGGUGAUGUCCUGUAUUUUAUUUUUUUUUUAUUUUAACAGCUUUUAAAAAGUAUGUUUAUCAUUGUUUCAUAUUUGUAACUAACACAACAGAAGACAUUUUCUUUGUGUACCAAUUCAUCCUCGGUUCACUGAAACUGUGUAAUUAUGGACUCCAAACCAUAAAAUGCGUUGAUAAGCCUGAGACAAUCGAGCCACACCUGAGUCAAGCAGUGUUUGGAAGUGAUGUUUUAACUUUGAGUACUAAAUGAGAUGGGGUUGAGAUGAGAUGUUCCAGUUUAGACAAUCCCUGGAAAGCAUUUAAAAAACAUUUACUGCCUUAAACAGAUGCACGAUGAUGUAAAACCCGCUCGAAUGGUACUCAACAGGUUGACACGCAUACGGAGUACUUGCAAAUACUAUUAACAGGCUGGAAAACACUUAUGUGGCCUUUGACCUGAAAACACAUUCCAGUUAUACGUUUAAUAUGAGUGAUUGAAGAGUUUAAACAUGAUUGUGUUGUUAAUCAUGAAACCAACAACUUCUGGCGUUGAAUAUCAUCCAUACAGUAUGUAAAUUAUUAUUAAAGGUGGACCUAAGA